AUGGACUCGCAUGGCAAUCAACCACCACCUGGCUCUCGACGAAGGAGAUUCGUACAAGAGAACGCGAGUUAUAUCCCGGAGAAGACGUCUACCAUAGCGUCGAACGUGGGGACGAAUAACGUUGAUCGCGUCGCCGCGCGUCAACGUGAGCAUAUAUCGGUAGCAGGAGCGAAACGUAUGCAGAUGAAUGCAUGGCAUGUCCUUCCUGGUACACGCUGUAUGGUCCUCUUAAUCCUCUUGCUCAUUGUCGGCAUUGCGCUCUCGCGGAUGUACCACUGCUCGGAUGUCCUUCUCCCUCUUCGCGCCCGGAUCGCUCUCCAGUAUUCCGUAUCCGCGCUGCAAGAUCUUGCUCGAAGGCUGCCCGAUAUACUCAAUCUCGCUGCAUCUGACACUCCGCGAAUCACAUUCGAGGAAUCACACGAAUUACGAGACCUCGCGGCCAUACGCUCUGGAGCAUCCAUAAUAACGCCGUUAACUUCGCCGACCUAUCAGAUAAUCGAACCGUGGCCUGCUCGUCUGUACCGCAAGACAAUGGAAUCCAUCUUCCAACCCGAGUUUACACUCUCCUCCUCGCCCAACUCAACCAUCUCCACAAGUACAUCUGCCAUAACCUGUUGGCCGUUCGUUGGCGCACAGGGAACAGUCGCUAUCCGAUUGCCGGAGCCGCACCAGAUCGUGUCCGCCACUGUUGUCUUCACAAGCAGCGCCCUACUACGCGCACGAGUCGGUGUACCCGCAGGCUUUCGCCUUUGGGGCCUGAUAUCCAACGACCAUCGCAGUCUACUACCGUCAUCCUGCCUUACUUCCAACGGACUUUUUGCCUCCCAUUUGGUUCCGCUCUUGGAUGGAGACAUGGACAAUACGAUCCCCGUGCUACUGAGCGAGUGGGCGGACGAAACGGCUAGCUCAUCUGACAUCGCGAUACCCUCUUCACCUUGCUCGGUACCUCUGGAAAUGGUUAUAUUUGAGAUUAAGGGUAGUCAGAUAGAUGCGCCGUUUACAUGCGUCAACCGCUUCGGGUUGCUCGGUUAUUAG